UCCCAAGAGGCGAGAGGCGCUCUUCCCACCACAUCAAUCCGCGCAUUGCGAUCAUUCCCUCGCCGCUUCCGCAAUCGCCGGUCUCGGACAGCCACUGCGGCAGGCAGCGCGAGCGUGAGGCGGGCAGCGAGCAAGCGGGCGGGAGAGGCAGUUAGCGAGUGACCCAGGCAGGCAGCGAGCCAGAGCCAGUGAGUGGGGCGGCGAUGGAGCAUUCGGGGCGCGCGGGCCACAACGACCCCAUCGUGCGCCAGGUCGGCUUCUUCGCGCCCUCCGCCGCACUCCCCGCCGGCCAAUCCGCCCGCGACCCCUCCGCCUCCUCCUCUUCCGCAGCCGACACCGACGGGCUGCCGCCCCUGCCGUUCCUCGCAACGGCGUCCCCGUCGCCGCCUUUCGUGCCGUCCGUGCCGCCGAUGCCGUCGCUGCCGAUCAACGUGCCGCUGCCGUCCUACCAGCGCCCCUCGCCCAUCAUGGAGGGCAGCGAGUGCUCCGAUAGUCUCCCGCCUGAUGAUUCCUACCUAUCGUCGUCCGCCACGUCAGCAGCACCAUCCGGCGCGGUGUUCGGAUCCGUGUCUGACGUCAGCGGACCGAUCGUCUCCGCCGCGGCUGUAGCUCGCGCGGGUGCGGCGGCGGCGCAGGGGGAAGGGGCGGAUGGCGCAAAACCCAGCCGCGGGGGGCAGGCGGGCGCUCCUGCGCGGGGACAGGCGCCUCGGGGGGAGCGGCAGGCGGAGCAGUGGCGGGGGCAGCGGGCGCGGGGAGAUCCCCCGCGAACAGCAGCAGCAGCGCGGGGGGCAGUCCGCAGAGUGCGGGGAGUCUGGGAGUGAGGGGCGCCGCUAAAGCUGCGUCUGCUGUGGUGCCCGCC